AUGACGGUUGUUGAACGAGAUAAUUUAAGUGGUUGUACGCUGAAGGAAAAGCUGGACUUCUACUAUCGUGUUGUAAAAAAUCAAAUUCUUCGCUUUCAACAUCCUAUCAGUGGAUUAUUUCCUCUUAUGCCUAUGAACACUAAAUGUAGAUAUAGUCAUGUACGAGAUUCUGUGUACUGUGCCACAGUUGUAUGGGCUCUACACCAGUGUUUCGCACGGAUAAAUGAUGAUGAAGGACGUCAUUAUGAACUUGGUCAAAGUGCUGUCAAGUGUAUGCGUAGCAUUUUAAUGGGUUGGAUGCAACAAUCUGCGCGGUUGGAAUACUUCAAAAGAGUUCAAAACUUGGAUACUUGUCUGCACUCACGUCUUGAUUAUGAAACCGGUGAACCUAUUUAUGAUGAUCAUUAUAAAAACUUACAAAUGGACUGCAUUGGUCUGUAUGUAAUUCAGCUGGUUCAAAUGAUUCAUUCUGGACUUCAGAUUGUUUACACAAAAGAUGAAGUAGCAUUUGUACAAAAUCUUGUGUUCUAUUUGGAAAGAGCCUACCGUAUCCCAGAUUAUGGAAUGUGGGAACGUGGAACAAAGCAAAAUCGUAAUAUAACUGAAUUACAUGCAAGCUCUAUUUGUAUGGCGAAAGCUGCAUUGGAAUCGGUUGCUGGAUUCAAUAUCUAUGGUUAUGAAGGUGGACAUUCUUCUAUCCUUUUUAUGGAUGCUGACGCCCACAGUCGUAAUAGAAUAAUUAUGACAAAUUUGUUACCUAGAGAAUCUGCAUCAAAGGGUACUGACGCUUCACUUAUUCCUUCAUUGUGUUGGCCAGCUUAUGGCACAUGUUCAACUAGUACACGAUUGCCAGCUCUGGAACGCUGUUUAGAACGUUUAAAAGGUGUUUACGGCUUCAAACGGUUUACCCGAGAUGGUUAUGCUACUGUUUUAGACACAAAUAGCGAAUAUCAACCGGGAGAAUUGAUGAAAUUUGUUGGAAUCGAAAGUGAAUGGCCAAUGUUUUUUGCAUACAUGAUUAUCGAAAAUUGUUUAAAUGGUGAUCGAGAGAAAGCAAUAGAAUAUGAUCAAUUAAUGCAACCACUUCUUGUUCAUCCUAUAUCGGAAUCAUAUCCCUGGCUUCCAAAGUUUUAUUUUGUUCCUACUGAAGAAUUGGAAAAAGAGCGCCGUUGCCGUGGUUCAGCAAUUCGUAAAAGCAGUUUCCGUUUAGUCGGUGAAUCUCGUUUCCUUUGGGGGCAAUCAAUCUAUAUUAUAUCUCAGUUACUUAUUUCUGGAUGUCUUCUACCAAGUGAUUUGGAUCCAAUCGGUCGAAGACCAUCACAUCGUUUUUCUGGAAUGUCAUCUACAUUAGGUAACGAACUUUUAUUUUCUGGGAAAUCGAUGAAUGUGACAAUUCAAGUAGUUCUUAUCUCUGAAUCUGUUCGUUUACAACAAGUUUUAGCAACUUAUGGUAUUAUCACUCAAACACCUGUACAAGUUGAACCUAUUCAAAUUUGGUCUCCAGAUCAGCUUGUUCGUGUUGGCAAAUUUAUGGGUUGCAGUGAACGUCUAGGUCUAUCUGGUCGUCCUCCUCGACCUUAUGGACAAUUAGGUACCAGUAAAUUUUAUAGAAUAUCUGGUUUAACUGUUCUUUGUUACCCAAUAUUAUUUGAAUCUCAAGACUUUUAUCUACUUCAUGAUAUGCAAGUGGUUAUUGAUGAAGCUAAGACUGAUUUUCUAUUUUUGUCUAAUUGGUGGAGAUUACGUGGACGUCCCACAUUUUGUUUUUUGAUGCGUGAAGAUAUGGUAAAGGUCCCAGGCUUCGAUAAGUUGCUUCGUUUCCUUGUCAGCAUGAAAAAUGGGACUGUUCAGGAAGCCCAUGUUGUUUUGGGACGUGCACAGAAAUUUGUUGCAAGUGGAUUUGUUGAACAUUUAGACUUUUUGCCAUAUUGGACUGCUAAAGGUGAAUAUUUUCGUAGAUUACAUCAAUUAGAUACUGGACGUUCAUAUCAAAGUUUAGAUAAUUUACCUAAAGCAGUGAAUAUACCGUCGAAAUCUUUAAAUCGGUUUCAAUCACAUAUGUCCGACGAGGAAAUUAUUCAAAGUAUUCAUGCUAUAGAUAGAAAACUUUUACAAAAAGUAACUGAUCAACAAGUAAUUGAACAAGCUAUCAAACCAGGUGAUAGUCCAUUAAAUUUAGCUUAUCGAAUUGCUGCAUUACAUGAAUUAUUAAAUCGACAUGGUUUGGAUCAUGGUUUUUCAACUGAUCAGCAUUUUCUCAUUGUACGUGAUUGCCUCACGGAAUUGUCACGAAAAGCCGGUAUUCAACAGGCAUGGUGUGUAGUACGUUUAUCUGCCGCUUUAUUAUCUCAAUUCGCCAGUAGUUUAGCUCCGUCAUUGUCAACUAUUCUCGUCUGUGGCAAACAGCCUACUGUUGGCAUUCCCCAAAGCUCAGAAGUUGUUAUCAACAAACCUUUAAAUCCAGAUGAAUUACAUGCUUUAUUACGUGAAGAAGUUUAUUCAUAUGAUCCGGUACAGUUUUCCUUACAACAAGAACUUAUCCUAUCUGUUAGUAGUUUAUUGACUACAAAUAAGGAGUUGUUUGAUGGAAUCAAAUUUAUACGCUUUGGUUGGUUAUUGGAGGCAAUGAAAUUGAAACUUGAACUAGAAAUAUGUUUAGGUGUUGAUGAAGAUUCUUAUCAUCAUCAUCAUCAUCAUCAACAACAACAACAUCACGAUGGUGAAUUUUGCAAAUCUAGAUCCAUCUAUGAAUCUGUAUUAAAAUCAUUGACAAAUUUAGAAGUACAUCCACGUAGUUUAGGUGCAUGUCAUUUGUAUAGUUUGCCUCCAUGUCAAGUUAAAAAUUUAUUAUUACGUACAUUGAAAGCUGGUCAAGAAGGAAAAACUCAAUAUUCACUUGAUAAUUCUGUGGAUUCCACAACAACAUUUACCCCUACUACAACUGGUUGUACUACUACACCUACUGCUGGUAGUUUUAAUUCUACUAAACCGACCGCAAAUAAUACUCGAGAAUUAUCAGUUAUCACUGAAUGUGGACCAACAAAGGAUGUUUCGGAAUAUAUUCAUCGGGCUCGUCGUACUCGUUUGCGUCGCAAUAUUCAUCAUGAUAAACAUUCUCGUAAUUCAAGUGUAUUUUCGUCUGCAGAACUUUUAGAUAUACCAAAAGCAUUGUUUCAACGUCAAUUGGAUGGGUGUUUGGGCGUAGUACCUUCAACAUUUUAUCAAGGUGUUUAUUUUAUUCUUGAACGAUCUCCUCAUGGUAUAUUGAUUUAUGGUAAACUUCUUCCACAGAAACCUAUUUUAACUGAUAUGACGCCGUAUGAUCUCAACUUUGUUGAUGAAGUUGAAUGUCUUCUAAGAGCAAUAUGUGAUCCUGCUUAUCGGUCAUUGGUUGUUGAGACAAUGAUGGUCAUCGCAGUUAUAUUACAAAGAAACACUGAAUUAUCAUUUGAUGAGGUAGUCGAUAUUAAACUCAUUAUUAUGGAUGCAAUAAACGCUUUUAAGCGUGAUCGUUAUACUAACAUGUAAGUUAUUCUUCAUUACUUUGUUUAAAUGUUUUAUUCAAUGUGCAAUUCUUAAUACUUUUAAAAGUUAAUCCUAAGUGAUUACAGAGGAAAAAGUGUUAUUUAACAAAUAGUUCAAUAGUAAAAUGUAACAGUGAAUCAUGGUUUAAAAUAUUUAAUUUGCUUAUCUUAAGGAAUAUUUAUUUUUCAUUGUUUCUAUGACACGUCAAUUGUUUUACUAGUAAUAUAUUUACUAUACAUCAUGUAACUUGAAAUAUCUUGCUUUUCUAUGCUAACAUCUAUUCGAACUAAGUUUUUUUCAGACUGGAAUGUGUAAUGUUGAAAUUACUUGAAUUUCAUUGUCUGAAACUAUUUCGAAUACAAUUUUUGCAUAUAAUGCGCAAGUUAAUGUUUCGUAUGCAAUAUAAAUUUUGACUUGAAUACUACACUUACCUUUAAUAAUACAGAUGUUGAGGGAAAGCUGUAGUUAGAAUGUUGAUAAUUUUAUCUUUAGUCUGUCUGUGUAUUUCAGACAGUAUUAGAACACGGGGAAUCGUACGACACUUGAUAGAUAAUGGUGUUGUUUUAUCAAUCACUAACUUGCAAUAAAGUGGUUACAAUGAAAUUAUUCAGUCCUUCUUAUGUGAAUUCUAAUUUUCAACCUUAACAUUUAGUUAGCAUUGUAAAACAAUAUAAAUGCUAAGAAUAUACAGCACUAAUCAUACUGUCAAGCGUACAUUUAAGUUGAGGGUACUUUCCAAAUAAUCAAAUGCGAAUUAAACUACGACACAGUAAAAAUCAGCAUGGAGCAGAUAGUUGUAUCGAUUGGGGACUAUUAACAAUCUAUGGAACACAAGCUAAGAAAAAUCAAACAAGUUUUUUAAAGCAAAAAAAAACAUCAAAGGUUAGUUUGACCAAGGAAAACUAUAUUUUUAAAUGACCAUGAAAUAGUGUUACAAGCAAAGAACCGAACUAAAAUAUCGACUUAUGAGUAUAAGUAUAACAGAAACAAUGCGCUAUUGAAUAUACGUCAUAAAAAUUGUUUGGCACACUCAGACUACUGUAUUGUCAUAAAGUAGUGUAAAUGACAUAGACAAAACGACAAGGGGAUAAGAAAUGAUUUCCAAAAUAAUUUAACAUCCAUUAUGGCAAUGAAACCUUAGCAACGUGUUCAGCAUACCUAUAUAAUCUUUAUAUUUGUACUUCUUCAAGUACUUAAUUAGUUGUAUGGAUAUGCAAGUCAAUGACUUGUGGAAAUCUACAGGCACUCCGCUAAAAUAUUUACGAUAUUUGUAUUGGUCAAAUCAUCCCAUACAAUUUAUUUGUGAAUUUUUUUUAAUCUUUCAGUUAUUAUGCGAUGUUUGGCAAUUUUUCUUUGAUAAUCCAUAACUUCGAUAUUAAUUUCCCUUUUCUUUUCUAUAAACAGAACAAUUUAUUUUUUAUAUUAGCUCCGUCAUUUAUAUAUGUAUAUUAUAUACUUCUAUUUAUGUUCAGUGAUUCCUAAAAUUAACUUUCUAUCUUUCUUUUUACAAUAAUCUGUCUUAUAAUUUUUAGGUUAAAAUAUUAAUUUACAUGAUUAAAUUAUUUAACAGAAAGACUUAAGCGAGUGUUAAGUAUGAUGAUGCACAUGGGCUUCAGUAUCCUGAGGGAACAAAUGGCGUAUGGACCAAUCAUUGGUCACCGGCUACCAUGGGAAUGCAUCUCCUUACGAUGUUCCACUGCCUUGUGGAUCAGACCUUUAGGUCGAAGGCUCUGGAUGUGGCCCCCUAAGAAAACCACCUGCUUCGGUUUGGGCACCCAAGCAGUAUCACAGCCCUCACACAAAUUUAGUGAGAUGACAGACAUUUCACAAAAUACUAUGCUCACUUCGAUUUCUUGCCUACAAAUGAAAACCGAUUUAUGAAAACAACAAAGAGAAGAAUAAUCUCUGUCUAUGAAGAGAAUAAUAAUAGUUUUAUAAGUUAUUUUAUUACUUCUUCUAACUAUCAGUUAGGUUUAUUUUACCAAAUGGGGUUGUUUUAGUAUUUUUCUGUUUUUUUUUUUGAGUUAGCAAAAUUACUCUUAUUCAUUUACAAAUUACGUAGAACCUAGCAUAAAAUCUGAUCUGCUGAAAUCUCCAAAUCAUUUCAACACAAUGAAAUGUAAUUGACAAGAUGCUCAGAGAAGGAAUUCAAGUAAAUAUAAUGUGUGUGUGAUUGAAAGGAGGGCAAAACACAAAGAAUAUGGUUUACAUUUAUCUUCAUGGAUUGGAGGAACAGUUUAUUUAAUGGUAGAUACGGACGGGUCUUUGACUGAUUGAUUUCUUGUCUAAUUCUAUUAGGUAGAAAAUGAUUAUUUCUAAAAUUAACCAUUCUUCACUAAAUUCGAGGGUUUUUUAAAUUUAAUUUUGGAAAUUAUAAGAAAUAUGAAGCAGCAUUGUGUGGCUUUAAAUUCGUGAUAAGCAAACACUGUCCACAGCUCCAUAAUUUUUAUUCUAUUGUAUAAUCCGAUCCAUACUGUGAAAUGGAUAACAUUGGUUACUCCGUUGGUAUAUUUCUCUUCUACAAAACUUCCUCACUUCAAAUAAUCUCACUAUAACAUUUUUGACUGAGACGCAAUGAAAUGAGUUUUGAUCUUGUAGAGAGUAAUAUUUCCCUCGUAAAAUUACAGAUACGUUUUCUUGAUGAGUGUCAGUUAAUUCGACAUCGUCAGUCAAAAACGCAAAAACAUUAUUUUGUGUUUAUUCACUAUCAUAUUGUUAUGGCUAGUCUCCAAUUGUUAUCUUUAAUCGUCGCUGGUUAUUAUGUCGGAAUCGCUUACUACUUAUCCUAAUAAAAUGAGAAACCACUGCAAUUCCCACGACACAAACUAAGAACACCAAGACUUGUACAAUUGAAGAUUUAUUAACCCCAAAAUACAUUCAUUAUGUAUUGAUUGCACACCCAUUUCGAUUAGUAAUUAAAAUAAAACCACAUAUAUGAAAAAUACUCAAAGUUGUUACAAGUCACAUGCUGCAAAUCAUACUGAGCAUAGUUCAUGUUAAUUUAAUACAAGGAAUAUUGUAUCUUGAACAAACACAUCACACUCAAUUUAAUUAAUGUUUUAGUGAAUAAAAGAUCACACUGGUAAACAAAACAAAUACUACACUGAAUAAUCACAAUAUUGAAAUUUGCAAAAAAAACGGAAGUAAUGUUAAGCGGAAAUCGCAAUGAGUAAAAGUAUAUAAUUUUGCUUUCUAAUCCCAUUAUAUCAUAUAUAUUUUUUCUUCUGUACAAUUUGAAUAUUUCUUGUCUUUAUUAAUUCACCUGGAUUGCACACAUGUGUUUGUUUGUUGUUUUAUAUAGUUAACGGUUUUAAUCAUGGAUUGUUUAUCGUUUUUAUGCACAGCAGAAGAAAUAGAGUUGUACGCUGUCAAAUUCUAAAAUAAACAUGUAAAAUAUCCUUACUUUUAUGCGGUACCUGUUAACGGUUUCUGUGAGAAUCGACUGUUUUGAGCAGAUAGCGUUUCAAUAAAUUGGUUCGUAUUGCUAAUUCCCUGUAAUAUUGCUGUCUGUUAAGCAUCAAUAGAUUAUAGUUUUUUGAUUUAUUACCUUUCAUUUUUAAAAUACCAUUUUCUCUCUCAGUUGUGCAGUUCAUUUCUAUUUUUCUAACAUUUUAUUUAGGUCUACUGAUAACGUCCUUCCCCAUUUAGAGAGACGUUUGUCAUGGUCUGAACCAGAUAUGCUGUCUUCCUUGGAACUACCCAUUUAUCUAGAAUUUGCAUCAACUCCGGCUAAUGCCACCAUGGGAACUACUUCUUAUAUCGCGAAGUCCGUGCUUGAUAGACUAUUAAAGGGACAUAUUGAUCUUACUAGCGUUACUAAAGAUGCUUGUUGUGCAAUGUGAUUUAUUGUAUGAAUUCUAAGAGGAAACUAAUUUGUGGUAUGAUUAUAGCAUUUUACUUCAUGUAAGUCAUCAUAGAUCUCCCCUCAGCAGGCAUUUGUAAAACAUCCUUUUAGUAUUUAAACAACCUUAUAGUGUGACCGUUAUUAGCGUUAUUAUUUUCAUUUUUUCUGCUUAUUCCUCUCCUCAGUUACUAACAUGUUUUAUAGUAAUACCUCACGAAUUGUCAUGAUUUCACCUAUAAAUUACAUUUCACCGGAUGAUAUUUUUUGUUGAAUCAGGGGUAUCAUUGGUGGAACUGUCUUUACGAAGUUUGAAAGACUAUUGUUACUGUUAUCACUUGACAGAAAUCACGUGAUUAUGACUAGCGUUCGACUGAUUUGGCAGUCAGUUGCGUAGUGUUUGAAUGGGCAGAUUUAUAUUCUAGUUAGCGAAUUUGUUCUGCACAGGAUUUCAUGUUUAGUGUCUUUACAAGCGAUAAAAUGGAGACUUUGAACUCAAGUGUUUACUUGUUGACACUUAUUAACAAAACGUAUUUUUUGUUGUGAAAUAAAUAAUGUUGAUUCUGAAAUUAUGAGUUAUAUCAUUUUAAUUCACCAAUGAGGGCUUGGUAGUUGAAUCACCUAUCACCUAUAGUUUUGGAGACGUGGAUCCUAUUUCGGUUUGGGAAACCAGAUAAUUCUCUUAGACAAAACUUUACGCUUGAAAUUGAGUAUAUUAACUGGCACUCGAUCACUGCGUUGCACUCAUUAGUGAUGUCAAUGGUUAGUAAUAAUUCACUGACAGCUAAAUUAUAUUGUGUUUCUGUCAUAACUUGUAACCGCCUAUUAGAGAGCAGUGAAUUAUCGAUCGGACCAAGGACGCGUAAAACACGUGCGAGCAGCCUAGAGUUCUGACUGGUCCUGCUUUCCGCCUAGCCCAGCCAGUUAAGUCCAGAACGCCAAUCUCGGCAUCCGCAGUAUGAAUCAUUAUAUUUCAAACAUACUGAGUUUAUAUACCAAUCAAACAGACCA